CGGCCUUUCCCGGGACAGGCCCCGCCUCCAGCCGCCUCCCAGGGCUCAGGAAUGGUGCACCCGGAAACUCACCGGACCUGCCCGGCCUGAAGUAGGGUGCCAGGGUGCCCGCCGCGUGCCAGCCAAAGUCAGUCCUGGGCAGUGCCCAGGGGGCCCAGCAGAUGGGCAGCCGGCGGCUCCGGAGGCUCUGAGCUGCUCCAGGGCCGCAGCCGGGCAGGGCGUGGGCGGCAGCCAUGGCCUUUGUCCUCGAUGUCCCUGAGACCCCUGAGGACCGGGGCAGCCGGGAGCCCAGCCCCUACGAUGAGAAUGAGAGCGAGCUGCACCACUCCUUCCACCAGCUCAUCCAGGAGCAGAGCCGGGGGGCCGCGGAGGAGGGGCUGGAGCUGCAGCCCCGGGGGCCGGGGGCCGGAGCCGCGGGCGCCUCGGCCAGCGACCACCAGGCCCUGCUGGCGCCCGAGGGCCCCGCUGCGCACAGCACGGCCACGCUCCGCAUCCUGGCCAGCAUGCCCAGCCGCACCAUUGGCCGCAGCCGCGGCGCCAUCAUCUCGCAGUUCUACAACCGCACGGUGCGGCUGCGGCGCAGGGCCAGCCGGCCUCCGCUCCGGGACCUGGGGCGCUCGGCGCGGCCCAGCCUCCGCCUGUACGACCUGGAGCUGGACUCCACGGCCCUCGCGGAGGAGGAAAAGCGGGUGCUCCUGGUGAAGGAGCUGCAGGGCCUGCCGGUGGCCCAGCGGGACCACAUGCUUCGGGGGAUGCCCCUCAGCCUGGCCGAGAAACGCUGCCUGCGAGAGGAGACGCGGUCCCCCAGGAGGAGGCGGGGCCGCCCCGGGCUCCUGGCCUGCUGCAGCCGCCUCCGCUACGCCUGCGCGCUGGCCUUGCACGACCUGGGGCUGGGGCUGCUGUCGGGGCUGCAGGCCCUGGCGCCCUGGCACUACGCCCUGAAGCGCAUCGGGGGCCAGUUCGGCUCCAGCGUGCUGUCCUACUUCCUGUUCCUCAAGACCCUGCUGGCCUUCAACGCGCUGCUGCUGCUCCCCCUGCUGGCCUUCCUCGUGGGCGUGCAGACCGCCUUCCCGCCCGCGCCCCAGGGCCCGGCCCCCGCCUUCACUGGCCUGGAGCUCCUCACCGGAGGGGGCCGCUUCACGGACACCGUCAUGUACUACGGCUACUACAGCAACGCCACCCUGAACCAGCCAUGUGCCGACCCACCGGAGGGCAGCCAGUGUGCCCCCGAGGCAGCCAGCCUGCCCUACAACAUGCCCCUGGCCUACCUCUUCACCAUAGGCGCAGCCUUCUUCAUCACCUGCCUCACCCUGGUCUACAGCAUGUCCCACUCUUUCGGGGAGAGCUACCGGGUGGGCAGCACCUUGGGGGCCCAUGCCAUCACCGUUUUCUGCUCCUGGGACCACAAGGUGACUCAGAAAUGGGCCUCCCGCCUCCAGCGUGACAACAUCCGAACCCAGCUGAAGGAGCUGCUGGCCGAGUGGCAGCUGCAGCGCGGCCACAGGGGCGUGUGCGGGCGGCUGCGCCGGGCGGCCGUGCUGGCGCUCGUGUGGCUGCUGUGUCUGGGCAUCACGCUGGGCUGCACCGUGGCCGUCUACACCUUCUCCGAGCUCAUGACCAAGAGCCCUGCUGACCGGGAGGGGGCGCUGCUGGCCCUGCCCCUGGUGGUCUGCCUCCUCAACCUGGGGGCCCCCUACCUGUACCGCGGUCUGGCCGCCCUGGAGCGGCACGACUCCCCGGUGCUGGAGGUGUACGUGGCCAUUUGCAGGAACCUCAUCCUCAAGAUGGUCAUCUUGGGGAUCCUUUGCUACCACUGGCUGGGCCGCAGGGUGGCCACGCUGCAGGACCAGUGCUGGGAGGACUUCGUGGGCCAGGAGCUGUACCGCCUCUCCGUGCUGGACCUCCUGUUCGCGCUGCUGGACACGCUCUUCGGGGAGCUGGUGUGGAGGCUCAUCUCCGAGCGGCGGCUGGGGCGGGGCAAGCCCGAGUUCGACAUCGCCCGCAACGUGCUGGAGCUGAUCUACGGGCAGACGCUGACCUGGCUGGGCGUCCUCUUCUCGCCCCUCCUGCCCGCCGUGCAGAUCCUCAAGCUGCUGCUGCUCUUCUACGUGAAGAAGACCAGCCUGCUGGCCAACUGCCGGGCGCCCCGCAGGCCCUGGCUGGCCUCCCACAUGAGCACCGUCUUCAUCUCGCUGCUCUGCUUCCCCUCCUUCCUGGGCGCUGCCAUCUUCCUCUGCUACGCCGUCUGGCAGGUGAAGCCCUCGCGCCUGUGCGGGCCCUUCCGGGGCCUGGACAGCAUGUACGAGGCGGGCAAGGUGUGGGUGCGCCGCCUGGAGCGGGCCGGGCCCCGGGUCUCCUGGCUGCCCUGGGUGCACCGCUACCUGGUGGAGAACACCUUCCCCGUCUACCUGCUGUCGGCCCUGCUGCUGGCCGUCAUCUACCUCAACAUCCAGGUGGUGAAGGGCCAGCGGGAGGUCAUCCGCCUCCUCAAGGAGCAGAUCAGCAACGAGGGGGAAGACAAAAUCUUCUUAAUCAACAAGCUUCACUCCAUCUACGAGAGGAAGGAGAGGAGCGGGGCUGGCAGAACCCAGGAGGUAGCGGCGCCCCCGGCCCGGCCUGCAGACCAGCGGGAAGCCUAGCAGGACCAGGACGGCCUGGCAGCCCUGCGUCCGCUCACCCACCGGGCUGCUCCCACGGCGCGGCAGGCCCGGCGCACCGGAGACUGG